AUGGUAGUCAGGUUCUGGAACAAAGCGAUCAAGAUAACCGACGGCGGUGGCCUGUCAAAAGCGGAGAUUGCCAAAACGAUUAAAGAUGCUGAACGAUGUAAGCAAGAGGAGGAAGCACACAUAGAGAAGGCGAUGGCCCAUAAAGCUUUAAAUGACUAUGCGUUUCGGUUGAGAGUCAACUUAAAUCGAUACAAGAUCCGGUUGAGUCUAAUUAUGGAUAUGGGGCUUAGUGUUAAAGACUUGGAAGAGAUAGAAUAUGAGAUCAAGGAGACAAUCGAGUGGCUUGAUGGAAACCCUGAUGCUGAUAUUGAUGAGUUAGAGGAGAAGGAAAUGGAGCUUGACAAUAUAUGCAGACGGACCAAGUAUAAGUUAUCUUGA